UGACAAUUCAUAUCCAUCCAUACAUCUCUUUGUUUCUGUAUUGCAUCAUCGUGGCCGUAAUUUUUUUGAUAAAAUUUUGUAAGAAUCUCAGUGGUAAAAUAUUUCAGUGUUAGUUUUGAUAAUAAAUAGCGAUUUUAAAUUGCACAAUGAGUCCGUGGCCCGAGGUAUUGACGGCGAAGUCGGAGAACAGGCAUGAAAUCAAAUUGGCGGGAGGUAACAUUUCGAAACGAAUUUCUGAAGAGGGUUUGGAUAAAAGUUUGUUUCAAUUAACUACUUUAAAUCUAUUAAAUAUUAGCGAUACAUGUCUAACUUCCAUCCCGGAUGAAAUUAAACUUCUUAGUAAUCUACAAUCACUCUUAUUAUUUGGAAACAAGUUGGAGAUUUUCAAUGAAAACAUAACCUCUUUAACCAAGUUGAAAGUGCUUGAUUUGUCUAGAAAUCAGUUGACUGCAAUUCCAAACAGUUUGAAUAACAUGAAGGAGUUGACGAGUAUUAAUUUUAGUUCGAAUCAAAUUGAAAUUAUGCCAAAGCUAACUGAUUUUCCCAAUUUGAUCAUUAUUGAUGUGUCUAACAACAAAUUGACCGAUUUUUUGGAUGUCGAAAAUGCGAAUCUCCCUCACCUCACUGAUUUAAAGCUAAAAGCUAACUCGAUAGAAUGUCUUCCGAGUAAUGUAGCACAAAGCUUGGCAUCAGUCAAGAAUUUCGACAUGGGAGAUAACCAGCUGAAGGUGAUACCCGGAGAGCUUGCUUCCCUGGCGAAAUUAAAAGAGUUGAAUUUAAAAGGAAACAAGUUGUCUGACAAGCGUCUCAUGAAGCUAGUUGACCAGUGUCGUACCAAACAAGUAUUGGAUUAUAUCCGUGAACAUUGCCCUAAAUCUACUCAAUCCCAGCCUGCUGCUGGGAAGGGCAAAGGGAAAAAAGGUGCUAAGAAACUGGACGAGUCGCCCCCCGAAGAUAAUAUUAGUGACCUUUGCCAUUCACUUAAAAUUUUACAUGUAGAGGAUGAGAUACCAAAAGUGAAGAUUUUGGAGUCGGAAGUGGGCCCUGUUCGUCCAUACAUUUUAUGCUGUAUCGUCACUGAAAUGUACAUGACACCAGCUCUUUUCAAGAAGUUUAUUCAAAUGCAGACCAAGCUGCAUGACACUGUGUGUGACAAACGUAAUGUUGCAACCAUAGCUACACAUGAUAUGAGUAAAAUUGCACCAGGUGACCUAGUGUACACAGCAAAAGCACCUUCAGUAUUGAAACUGACUCCAUUGUCUAGGCUAAAGGCUUAUACAGGGGAGCAGCUGUUCCAGCAGCUGACAGCUGAAGCUGAUGCUUUAAGGAAAGAGAAGAAGAGGAAUGUGUACUCAGGAAUCCACAAGUAUCUGUAUUUAUUGGAAGGAAAGCCGAAGUACCCCUGCUUAGAGGAUGCUAGCGGCAAGGUCAUCAGUUUCCCACCGAUCACCAACUCUGACGAAACAAAGAUGUCAGCAGACACGAAGAGUAUGCUAUUAGAGGUAACUUCACACGCAUCGCUAGGGUCAUGCAAAACGGUGAUGAACAAACUAUUGCACGAAUGCUUGCUGCUCGGCAUCGGUGACAACCCCGACGAGCCAGAUGCGGCUUAUCACACUCUUACUGUGCAACAGAUGAAAGUGGUAGAUCUAGAAGGCAACUUAAAAAGUGUUUACCCGUCGCGUACUGACUGCGUCUUCGAAGGCACGAACGACGUAAAAGUGUUCCGAUUGCCGAAGAAAUAAGCGCUCUUAUUUACAAAGCAACAGAGUACAUAUUGUAGUGUCUCAAAGAGGUACAGUCGGCAAAGAUGAUAGUUGAAGAAAUCAAUCGACUGAUUAGAUAUGGUGAGAUAUUUAUUCUGAUUAUUGUAUGGAAACAA